UUUUUUCCCUAUCUUUCUCACCCAUUAAAUAAAAAUUGUUUCUUGUCUACUUCCACUAGUGUUCUUUCCCCACUAUAAAUCCCACCCCUUCUCCUAUUUUUAGAAUCUCUUCCUCUUUUCCCUUCAAUCUUUCCCUACAGGUUUUGGGUUUUUCCUCUCCAGCACCUCUGUUAUUCCUGCUGUUUCUUGUCCAGGUUUUGAGUUCAUAGUUGGGGAGGGGUGCUGUUUAUUUGAUGCAGCAGAUGUUUGUUUUUAAUGUUAGGGACACAUGUCUCCUGUACUAAGUGAAGUCAUUCUUUCUGGUUUUAUGAUAAACUCCUCAUUGAGGAGGAGGAGGAUUCAUCUUGCUCAAUCAUUCUCAGUUGUGUUCCUCUACUGGUUCUACGUUUUCUCGUAAUCAUCAUCCUCAGUCUAAGUCUUCAAGCUAAUAUAUUAAUAUAUAUAUAAUAUACACAUCCCCUACCAAAUAGCAGUCUGUCUUAAGAGAACUAUUUGAUCCUAGUAUUUGAUUAGGUGUGUAGCUACCCUAUUGUCUGAAGCAAAUAAAUAUGGCGUAUUCAAGCGGGACAUCUUCAGGUUCACCAUUGAUUCAAAACUCUGGUUCAGAGAAUACUAAGAACAUGAAGCAAGUGGUUGAUCAGAAGAAGAGAAAGAGAAUGGAAUCCAACCGGGAAUCUGCGAGGCGGUCCAGGAUGAGGAAGCAGAAGCAUAUGGAAGAUCUUAUGGGACAGGUUGCUCAGCUUACUGAAAAAAAUAAGCAGAUGUUGAGCAGGAUUAAUGUCACCACAGAGCAGACUGUCAAAGUGGAGGCAGAAAAUUCAGUCUUGAAGGCUCAAGAGAUGGAGCUCACACAGAGGCUCCAAUCCCUGAGUGAAAUUUUGAAUAUAAUCAACAGCUCCUCCUCCAUGGCUGCUGCCGGAGGCGGCGCCGCCGGAAGCUGCUGCAUGGUGGAGGCUGAGGAGUUUCAGAGCCAAGGAUUUACAGAUAGUUUCAUGAAUGAUCCCUGGAACUUGAUGGGUCCUAAUCAACACCCAAUUAUGGCUUCUGCUGAAAUGUUUGAUUAUUGAUUUCAGAUAGGAUUCUGGAAUCAAGAUAAUGGCCAAACUAUGCUUGUCCAUAUAGAAUAGUGGUUAUCAUUUCAGAAUGGAAUAACUUGUGGGAUGUCUCAUCUUCAUCUAUACUAUUUUUAUUUUUUUUUUGCUACUGUUUAUUCAGAUUAUCAGAUUUCUAAUGUAUAAAAAACUUGCUUCCUGUUUGUACUUUUCUGGGGCCACUAGGUUCAGGAUUACUAGUUUAACCGCCUUUCAUAUUUCA